AUGGCAAGAGAGAGAGAGAGAGAGCGCAGACGGCAAGAGAGAGAGAGCCAGGAUGGCAAGACGAAGAGCCAGGAGAGAGAGAGAGAGAGGAGGGCGAGAGAGGCAGAGAGCGUGAGGCGAAGAAGACAGGGGCAGAGAGAGGAGGGCAGAGAUCCGGAGAGAGGGGGCAUGAAAGAAGAGGGCAGAGACGAGAGAGAAGAGGGUCGGCAAGAGAAGAGAGGGCAGAAGAAGAAGGAGGCAGAGCCAGAGAACGAGAGAGAGGAGGGCAGAGAGAGAGAGAGAGAGCAGAGAGAGAGAAGAGUAGAGAGAGAGAUCGAGAGAGAGGGAAGGAGAAGAGGGGCAGAGAAGAGAAGAGCGAGAGAAUAG